AAUUAUCCUCAAAAGAUCAGUGGAGCAAAAACUUAUGAAAAACCGAAGCAAAGGAAAAGUUUCACCUAAAUGGAUUGUUAUCUUAUGCAUCUUCAGCUUCGCUCUUGGCAUGCUUUUCUCUAAGAGAGUUUGGGCUCCUCCUGAUAAUACUGUAUCAGAUGGACGGAUCACGUUUCCAAGGCUGUACAAUCAAGAGCAAAAGUUGAAUUCUGUUCCUCAUGAUGAUUGUGAAAACAAAAAGAACCAGUGCUACAUCCAAUAGCAUUUUAGAUCGAGCCGUUGAUCUUGAAGAUGCUCAGCACAAAGACAUUUUUCGCCUAGAUCACAUAGAAGGAUACCAUGAGUUAUCUGCAAAGACACAAGCUUUCUUUACCACUUCUGUUGCAAAAUGGGAUGCCGAGUUCUAUGUAAAGGUUGAUGAUGAUGUUCACGUUAAUUUGGGUACUCUUGCUGCAACUCUAGCCAGGAAUCGGUUGAAAUCCAGGGUGUAUACAGGAUGCAUGAAAUCUGGGCCAGUUCUUUAUCACAAGAAUGUUAAGUACCAUGAACCUGAGUUCUGGAAAUUCGGAGAGGCGGGAAAUAAGUACUUCCGGCAUGCAACUGGACAGAUAUAUGCCAUCUCAAAAGAUCUUGCAACAUAUAUCGCCAAUAAUCGGCCCAUUCUGCAUAAGUAUGCAAAUGAGGAUAUGUCACUUGGUGCAUGGUUAAUAGGUCUUGAAGUUGAGCACAUUGAUGAACGUAGCAUGUGCUGUGGAACUCCACCUGAAUGCGAAUGGAAAGCGCAAGCAGGUAAUGUUUGCGUAGCGUCGUUUGAAUGGAGCUGCAGUGGAAUUUGUAGAUCAGUCGAGAGAAUGAAGCAUGUACACGCCAAGUGUGGCGAAACUGCUGCUACUCUUUGGGGUGCUCUCUUGUAGUUUGCAUGGAGGAGAUAUGUUUGAAACAAAUCUUUGACAGAGUUCAGCUGAAAAGUUAGCAAUAGUGUCAUUUCUGAAAAGAACUAAAUGCAUAUUGCUGAUGGAAGCUAAGGCUGUCAAAGAAAGGAGGAGCAUACAAAUUGUUGGAAUAGUUUUAGGUUUUAUUAGAAUUACAAAUUUUUGUAGUUCCAAAUUUUGAUACCACAUUGUAUAUUGUGAUCUAAGAUUCAGUGGAACUCU